AAACGAUAUGGUCAUCUAUUGGUCACCUAUCGUCUGUUCGCUAAAACCCUGAGUGAAAUCAGCAUGAGUGUUAAAUAUGGACUACUUCCGGUGGCCAUUUUCUUUGUGAUGACGUCAUGUAUGGUAAUGGAAACAAAUGCCGACCCCUGUUUGUUUACAUGCCUUGAGAAGAACUGCACUUUCGGAUACCUGCCGUUCGGAUGUCCUCGUUGCCAAUGUGCCCCAGACCCUUGUUCGUUCACAGUAUGCCCCCCUGGCUUCCGUUGUGAGGCUGUCCAGUCAUCUUGUCCCAGCGGCCUACAGUGUCCCAAGGCAGCGACAUGUAUGGCCGACUCCUCCUACGGAGAACAGCCGUGCGGAUGUCGUGAGGAGUUCUCACCUGUGUGUGGAGUAGAUGGUCUCAACUACCCGAACACCUGUAUUAUGCUUUGUUCAGGGAUGUUGAAGGUCUCCGACGGGUUCUGUCGCUGUAACUGCCCUCAUAUGUACACCCCAGUCUGUGGUACAAACAACGUCACCUACGAGAACGACUGCUUCAGGGAUUGCGAGUCGAUGUACGACCAACGGAUUCAGAAGCAGCACGACGGAGUAUGUGAGUGCGCAUGUCCUGAGACCGAGAAGCCCGUAUGUGGAGAAGACGGAAGGACCUAUCUCAAUGACUGUGUCCGGACAUGCGCAGGAGUGUUUAAGAUAUCGGAGGGGUUCUGUCGCUGUAACUGCCCUGAAACGUAUUCCCCAGUCUGUGGUACAAACAACGUCACCUACGACAACGACUGCUUCAGGGAGUGUUACGGUGUCCCUAAAGGCGCGUCUGGUUCCUGUGAAUGUUUGAGUAAGUGUAAUCCGCUGUACAUUCCCGUGUGUGGAGCGGACGGACAAACGUACGUCAACGACUGCUUUAGACAAUGCUCAGGGGUAGGGCUGUUAUCCAACAUGGCCUGUCCAUUGAAUCGCCGUAAGUGACCGACUAUUAUAAUGUAAAGGAAACAUCCUGGACAAGGGGAGACAACUAGAAUGUAUGUCGCCUUAAGAACUACUAGCCAUCCGACAAACUUAUAAUAAACUUAUUUCACUUAGCCUUGAUACCAUAUACAAUUUAGAGAAAAAUGAGCUAUUAAACAAAAUGUAAACGGUGAA